AUUUUUAUUACCCAUCUAUCUGUCUCCAGCUAACACUUUUCUUCUUGAUUCCCUCCCCAACCGCCUUCCUUUGUCUUUCCCACCUAUAAAAAUAGCUCACCAAGACUCUAAGCAUCAAAGACAAGGGUCUAAUUCUCAGUCUCCUACUCACAAGAAUCAACACCUCGUUAUUUCUCUGUCAAUGGGUUCGGAUUCUUCUCUAGCAGCUCUUCUUCUGCCUGUUCUGGUGCUCGGUUUCGUUUCGGCAGCAUCUGCCGGUAAUUUCCACCAAGAUGUGGAUGUAACGUGGGGCGAUGGCCGUGCGAAAAUCCUCAAAGGUGGGGAGCUUCUGACGCUCUCGCUUGACAGGGUGUCGGGCUCAGGGUUCCAGUCCAAGAACGAGUACAUGUUUGGAAAGAUCGAUAUGCAGCUCAAACUGGUCCAUGGAAACUCGGCCGGGACUGUCGCUGCCUACUUCUUGUCUUCACUAGGGCCGAAGCAUGAUGAGAUCGAUUUCGAGUUCUUGGGGAACCUGAGUGGUGACCCUUAUAUUCUACAGACAAAUGUGUUCACCCAGGGAGGAGGCGGCAGGGAACAGCAGAUUUACCUCUGGUUCGAUCCGACUGCUGAUUUCCACACCUAUUCAAUCCUCUGGAAUCCCCAGAGAAUCAUAUUCUCAGUAGAUGGGACGCCCAUCAGAGAGUACAAGAAUUUAGAGUCCAUAGGAGUUCCUUACCCGAAAAAGCAGCCGAUGAGGAAGGCCGACGAUUGGGCAACAAGAGGUGGCCGUGUGAAGAUAGAUUGGAGUCAGGCUCCAUUCACAGCCUCCUACAGAAAUUUCAAGGCCGACGCCUGCAUUUGGUCCGCCGGCUCCUCGUCCUGCACUGCUAAGCACCCUAUCCCUGCUUCAACUUCAAACAGCAGCAAUGCAUGGCUAGACAGAGAACUGGAUACAUCAAGCCAAGAAAGAUUGAAGUGGGUCAAGAAGAAUUACAUGGUAUACAAUUACUGCAACGACACCAAGCGAUUCAUACACGGUUUACCAGCAGAAUGCACUACCACUGUGUCAUGAUGCACAUAAAGAGAGAUGAUAUAGAUAUAUAGUGUAUUUCAUUACAUUCUUGGCAAAUAGAAAUAGUUCACAGGCAUAGACAGUACAUUUCUGUAUUCAAGGUUGUAGUAUUCUUUGAUUCUUUUUUCUUUUUCUUUUUGUGUAUAUUUCUUCACUAGAUGUAUGUCAUUAUACAACAAAUCAAGAAAUCUGAAAGAUCUAUAGUCUGCAUAUUUUGGGAAA